CCUGGCGAAAUUUCAGAGUAUUUCUAUCCUGGGUCUCAGCCUCUACUGACAAAGAUGCCGGAAGCUCUAAAUGUACUUCUGACUCUCUAUCUUCUACAAGGUACCCCAUGUCAGAUGUAUGAAAGCCUUGUUCCAGAGUCCAUAGAGGUACUCUCAGGAUCCUGCGUGACCAUCCCCUGCUCCUUUGACAUACAGAUUGAUGAGAAUAAAAAUUUAGAUGAUACAUGUAAAGCAAUAUGGAAAUACAAUAAUCAACUUGAUAGUACCAGCCCAAAGCAAAAUGGACAACUGUUGGGAGAAUUGAGAAAAAAAAAUUGUACCACAACUGUGAAUGCUUUUGCUGGAGAACUUUUUUUCGAGCUGGAGUGUUAUAGCCUGAAACAUAGCUUUGACAAGAACUUGACAAAGAUUUUAAUAAAAGAUAAUCCUCCAUCACCAACUCUGAAUCUGUCCAUACUGAAUGUGAAUGAGGGAACCUCAGUGAGUCUGACAUGCUCUGCUUCAGCUCCCUGUUUAUCUCAUCCUCCCAAUCUGUCAUGGACCCCCAAACUGGGUGAAAGUCAGGAGACGCUGCAGGAGAAUCAGGACAAAACUAAACUUCUAAUCUCUACUGUGACCUUCACUGCUUCCCACCUCCAUCAUGGACAGAAUAUCUCCUGCACUGCUGUCUACCAGAAACUAGACGGCAACACUAUGUUAGCCAGCAGUGAAAAAAGUUUAACCCUUAAUAUUUCAUUUGCUCCACAGAUCCUGUCCUUUGGUUGCGUCACGAAUACCACCCAGUUAAAUUGUGUCUGUGAGACUGUUGGAAAUCCUUCUCCUGAUCUACAGUGGAUUUUGGAAGAGAUACCUCUCGAUCGUUCUAAUAUGCUUUCAAUUAAAAAUGAGUCCCUAAACAACACAGCUGUGAAGAGCUCUAUCACUCUCAGUCUGCCAGUAAGGAAACUUUCUACCCUGCUCUGCCGCAGCUCCAACUCUCUGGGAUUUGCUACUCAGAAAAUGAACAUGUUUGAAAGACCUUGUCAAGUGCCAGCCCUCGUCAUCGUCAUUGCUUUUCUGACAGCUCUAAUAUUUGUGCUGCUGAUUAUCAUUACUCGAAGGAUUGCCUGCAAUUAUUUUACAAAGAGUAAGAGCUUGGAUGACACCUGCACAGCUGCAAUAAGCCAAAGCCAGACAAGAGAAAUAGAAACUGAGCUGCCUAUCACUGCAGAAAAUAAUAUUUAUGCCAACACCAGCAUGGUACAAAAGUUUGAUCACUCAACGGGUCGUCAAAGAGGCCCAAAGUUUGGCAAUAAAAGCUCAGCACAGAGGGAGAAAAAUGAUGUGGUUUACACCUCUGUGAUUUCGAAGGGCAAGAAGAGGGGAGCAGGUUCUCCAUACAGGAAUCCAUCUAGCUUCCAUGUGGAGGAAGAGAGGUGCAUGAUGGAAGAUAUGUCUAUAAAUUUUGUGGGCAACAGGGCAGACACGGGAACCCUCUAUAGCUACCUCUACAGAUUACACGACAAUGUAAAUUCCUUUAAACCCGACUUCUUCCUGACAAAAACAAUGAUGGGAGCUCUGACUUUUCUUCUCAUUGUUACUCUGCUGCAGGGUGCUGAGUGUCGAAGCUUUUUGGUCUCUAUGCCUGAGACUGUAAAGGUUAUGAGAGGAUCUUGUGUGACCGUGCCCUGCUCUUUUGACAUAGACAGUCAAUAUGACAAAGACUUUAAUAGAAAUUGUAAAGCCCAGUGGGUUGAAUCUGACUAUGUGACUCCAAGACUAACUGAAACAAAUCCAGUAACAGGAGAUGUGACAAAGAAAAAUUGCACCACAACUUUCAACAAUAUGCAGACCCAGUACAGCAAAACAUAUCACUUCAGACUGGAUUGUGACAAUGUCCUGAAAUGGACUUUUAAACAUCAAAGUGUGAGGAUGGUGGUCACAGAUGAUCCUCCAUCACUGACUCUGACUCCGUCCACACUAAAAGUGAAGGAGGGAACCUCAGUCAGUCUGACCUGUUCUGCUCCGGCUCCCUGUCUGCCUCAUCCUCCAACUCUGAUAUGGACCCCCAACCUUGGUGAAAGUCAGGAGACACUGCAGGAGAAUGAAGACAAAACUAAAUUUCAGACCUCUGUUCUGACCUUCACUGCUUCCUACCUCCUCCAUGGACAGAAAAUCUCCUGCACUGCAGUCUACAAGAAACAAGAUGGAAGCUCUGAUACAUCCCUUACUUCAAGUUUAACAGCUGAUAUUCUGUAUUCACCUAGAAACAUCACAGUGUCAGUCAGUCUCUCUGGUCCAGUACCAGAGAACGAUAAUGUGACUCUGACAUGCAGCAGUGAUGCCAACCCUCCAGUAAAGAACUACACCUGGUACAAAACUGAUGGAGACCAGGAGACUUUGAUUGGGACUGGACAUAUACUGAACAUUAAAUCUUCACAAGUUCGACAACCUUUUCUUUGCAAUGUCAAUAAUGAUCUUGGAGUUGGACGUUCCACCAAACACCAAAUAGAUGUUCAAUAUGCACCAAAAAGGAUCAAGGUGUCAGUCAGUCCCUCUGGUCCAGUACCAGAGAACGAUAAUGUGACUUUGACAUGCAGCAGUGAAGCCAACCCUCCAGUAAAGAACUACACCUGGUACAGAGCUGAUGGAGACCAGGAGACUUUGAUUGGAACAGGACCUGUUUUCAAUAUUCAAGCUUCUGAAGUCCGACAGCCUUUUCUCUGCAGGGCUGUAAAUGAUCUUGGAGGUGGAGUCUCAAGCCUCAUUACGAUUGAUGUUCAGCAUGCACCAAAACUGAUGAAGGUGUCAGUGAAACCAUCUGGUCCAGUACCAGAGAACAACAAUGUGACUCUGACAUGCAGCAGUGAUGCAAACCCAGCAGUGAGGAUCUACACCUGGUUCAGAGCUGGUUCAGACCAGGAGGCUUACAUUGGAAGUGGACCUGUUUUAUGCACUGAAGUUUCUAAAGAUAGAAGGAUAUUUUUCUGCAAGGCUGAAAAUGAUCUUGGAGUUGGACACUCAAACCUCAUUCACAUAGAUGUUCAGUAUUCACCUAGAAACACCACAGCAUCAGCCAGUCCCUCUGGUCCAGUACCAGAGAACAAUAAUGUGACUCUGACAUGCAGCAGUGAUGCCAACCCUCCAGUAAAGAACUAUACCUGGUACAGAGCUGAUGGAGACCAGGAGACUUUGAUCGGGACUGGAUCCGUAUUAAACAUUCAAGCUUCUGAAGUCAGACAACCUUUCUUUUGCAAGGUUGAAAAUGAUCUUGGAGUUGGAAAUUCCAGCAAACAUCAUAUAGAUGUUCAGUAUUUACCAAAAAUGUUCACAGUGUCAGUCAGUCCCUCUGGUCCAGUACCAGAGAACAGUAAUGUAACUCUGACAUGCAGCAGUGAUGCCAACCCUCCAGUCCAGAACUACACCUGGUACAGAGCUGAUGGAGACCAGGAGGCUUUAACUGGGACUGGACCUGUUUUAUACGCUGAAGUUUCCAAGUUUAGACAGGAUUUUUUCUGCAAUGCUGAAAAUAAUCUUGGAGUUGGACGUUCAAGCCUCAUUCACAUAGAUGUUCAGUAUUCUCCUAAAAACAUCACAGUGUCAGUCAGUCCCUCUGGUCCAGUAACAGAGAACAAUAAUGUGACUCUGACAUGCAGCAGUGACGCCAACCCUCCAGUAAAUAACUACACCUGGUACAGAGCUGACGGAGACCACAAGAGUUUGAUUGGGACUGGACCUGUUUUAAACAUUGAGGCUUUUGAAGUCAGACGGCAUUUUUUCUGCAAGGCUGAAAACAAACUUGGUGCAGGACAGUCAAGCUACAGUCACAUAGAUGUUCACUAUUCUCCCAAAGACACCACAGUGUCAGUCUGUCCUUCUGGUUCAAUCCCAGAAAGAAAUAAUGUGACUCUGAUAUGCAGCAGUGAUGCCAACCCAGCUGUGAGGAUCUACAUUUGGUACAGAGUUGAUGGGGAGCAGGAGACUUUAAUCGGGACUGGACCUGUUUUAAACAUUCAAGCUUCUAAAGUCAGACUUCCUUUUAUCUGCAAGGCUGAAAAUUAUCUUGGAGUUGAAAAUUCUGCCAAACACCAUAUAGAUGUUCAGUAUUCCCCAAAGAACACCUCAGUGUUGGUCAGUCCCUCUGGUCCAGUACCAGAGAACAAUAAUGUGACCCUGACAUGCAGCAGUGAUGCCAAUCCUCCAGUAGAGAUCUACACCUGGUACAGAGCUGAUGGAGACCAGGAGACUUUGACUGGGACUGGUCCUGUUUUAUACACUGAAGUUUCUAAAGUCAGAUGGCGUUUUUUCUGCAAGGCUGAAAAUGAACUUGGUGUGGGACGCUCAAGCUACAGUCACAUAGAUGUUCAGUAUUCACCCAAAAACACCACAGCAUCAGCCAGUCCCUCUGGUCCAGUUCCAGAGAACAAUAAUGUGACGCUGACAUGCAGCAGUGAUGCCAACCCCCCAGUACAGAACUACACCUGGUACAGAGCUGAUGGAGACCAGGAGACCUUCAUUGGGACUGGAUACGUAUUAAAUAUUCAAGCAUCUGAAGUCAGACAACCUUUUUUCUGCAAGGUUGAAAAUGAUCUUGGAGUUGGAAAUUCUAGCAAACAUCAUAUAGAUGUUCAGUAUUCCCCAAAAAUUAUCACAGUAUCAGUCAGUCCCUCUGGUCCAGUACCAGAGAACAGUAAUGUGAUGCUGACAUGCAGCAGUGAUGCCAACCCUCCUGUACAGAACUACACCUGGUACAGAGCUGAUGGAGACCAGGAGACUUUGAUUGGGACUGAACCUGUUUUAAACAUAGAAAUUUCUAAAAUCCGCCGGCAUUUUUUCUGCAAGGCUGAAAAUAAUCUUGGAGUUGGACUCUCAAACCUCAUUCACAUAGAUGUUCAGUAUUCUCCCCAAACCAUGUCAGUGUCAGUUAGUCCCUCUGGUCCAGCAGCAGAGGACAGAAAUGUGACUCUGACAUGCAGCAGUGAUGCCAACCCUCCAGUAAAGAUCUACACCUGGUACAGAGCUGAUGGAGACCAGGAGUCUUUGAUCGGGACUGGAUACGUAUUAAACAUUCAAGCUUCUGAAGUCAGACAACCUUUCUUUUGCAAGGUUGAAAAUGAUCUUGGAGUUGGAAAUUCCAGCAAACAUCAUAUAGAUGUUCAGUUUCCUCCUCAGAUCCUGCCUUCAUCUACUUGCACCAAAAUGUCAGGUCAGGUCAACUGCUCCUGUGAGACUGUAGGAAACCCUUCUCCCACUUUACAGUGGUAUUUAAACAGACUACCUGUCAAUCAGUCCAGCAAGCUUACAGUUAUCACUGAGUCUCUAACUGACACAAGUCUGAGGAGCAUCAUCAGUGUGAAUCAGCCACAAGACAGAGAUCUUUCCACCUUGUCCUGUCACAGCUUUAACUCCCUGGGAUCCGCCAGUAGACAGUUCUGUGUCCACAAUCUUCAAAUCUCAGCAGAACGACAAGAGAAAAUACUGUUGCCUGUGUUCAUCACCACAGGUGUUGCUGUAUUUGUAAUAGUCUGCAUCCUGCUUUUUGCUCUCAGGAUUCAGAGGAAUCAGUACGAGAGUCGACUCACAGGUGAAGUCAACACUGCUGCUUCAGGCCAACAUCUAAGAGAGGGAAAUGAGGUACUGAACAAAUCAGAAGGCAUUUGUGUCACCACCAGUAUGCUGAGACAAGUUGACGUUGCCCUCUCUGAAACUGUUACUGAGCUAAACAGCAGCAGCUUACAGAACUCUGGACCAGACAAUGCAGAGGGAGCCAGUGAGAGCUCCGGGAAGACGGGGGGUCAAAAUGUGAUUUAUUCUAGUGUGAUUUGGAAGACCAAAAGCAGGAAAAAGAACAGAAAGGACUCUGGACUCUAUCUGGAAGAAGAGAAUGAUGAGGCAGGAGGUGUUUGCAGAAAUUUUCUGAGAGGUGCACUGGAGACGGAAUGUUUGUAUUCAGAAGUGAAGCCUAGAAAUAUUGGGAGGAAAGAGGAGAAGGAAUUUGCACAGGUUCACUUUGAAAACUAGAAAAAAAAGUGCAAAUAAGUAUGUGCUUUGUAUUGUGAUUAAAUUGAUUUGAAAGAUUGAAUAAUUGCUGCUUUGUCGGGCUACGGAUUGCUUUGCACUGUGGGAGAAUGACAACAACACCCUGUUCUUUACCAUUGACCUUCACAAGUAACCCAUCUGAAAUGUCACAGCAAAAGCUGAAACGUUUAUAAGUGAUACACAAAACACAUAAAAUGGCACUGAAAAUAAGGAACUUGAAGCUGCAGCCUUCGCUUCUGAAAACACCUCACCAUGAUGCAGUAUAGCAAAUAGUGUCCUGUUAGAUAGCGGGGCAUUCUUUUGUUUUAUUUUUCUUUUUACUUCCUGCAAGUGUGAGCAUGGCUGAGAGCUUCUUGAGGAAGUUUGAUGUAAAAAAAAAA